AUGCAUUCAUUUGCUUAGUUAGUGGUCAGAGCUAGGCGAUCGGCGGAGAGAGCAGCGGCUGCUUAUUGUGUUUUGACGGGCAACUGCUAAUUCGCAGUCUCCUCGUGCAAGCAAGGGUCCGCAACCAGACACGGUUAAUUUGCGAGUACCAAAGGGAAUUUUCCAAAAUGGGGACACCAACCCGAGAAAGCGUCGUAAAGGCGUUGAAGAGCAACGCACUGACUAUUUUCACAAUCUUAGGCGUUUUCGGCGGCGUCGUUUUGGGAAUCAGUCUUCGCGCCUCAAGGGAAGAGAAAUGGACGCCGCGUGAAAUCAUGUACGUCAACUUCAUCGGCGAGUUGUUUCUGCGGAUGCUAAAGUCUCUGAUCCUGCCGCUGAUCGUGGCUUCCCUGAUUUCCGCUAUCGGCUCGCUCGACCUGAGUUUGUCGGGUCGAAUCGGCGCCAGGGCCGUCACUUACUACAUGACGACGACCGUGUGCGCAGUGGUGCUCGGAAUCUUCUUGGUGCUCACCAUCCACCCUGGCACAGGAGACUCCACGUCCAUCGCCAGGGCUGGAACGUCUUACAAUGGAACAACAGUCGAUACCCUGAUGGAUUUGAUCAGGAAGAUGUUCCCACCCAACAUUGUCCAGGCUUGCAUUUUCCACUAUCGUACUGUUCUCAAAGCCCCAGAGAUUCCGCCGGCACCUAUAAUUAAUGAAUCAUCACUGUUGGCUAUAGUAAAUGAAGAUGGAUCGGCAAUUGAUCCCACAAAUCCUCCACCAGCCAGUUUGCUUGACUGGGAAAUUUCGCAUGAAUACGCUCAGGGCACCAACAUUAUGGGUCUGGUUGUGUUCUCCACUGUCAUGGGCAUGACUUUGGGCAAAAUGGGACACAAAGGAGCACCUCUGUUGGCUUUCUUCACUUGCGUCAGCCAGGCAAUGAUGAUCAUCACUGGCUGGGUUAUUUGGUUUUCACCCGUUGGCGUCAUGUUUUUAAUUGCGGCCAAGAUUUUGGAGAUGGACAGCUUUGGCGUUAUCGUCGGCCAACUGGGCAUGUACUAUCUGACCGUCAUGAUUGGAAUUUUCUUCCACGGCUUCGUAGUUCUGCCGAUCAUCUACGUCGUCUUCACUCGAACGCUGCCCUUCAGAUUUAUCGGAAAUAUGGCGCAAACUUUGGCCACUGCAUUCAGUACGGCUUCAAGUUCUGCGACUUUACCAGUGGCAAUUGCAGCCUUAGAAGAGAAAAACGGCAUUGAUCCCCGCGUGGCCCGAUUUGUGAUGCCCAUUGGGGCCACCAUCAACAUGGACGGCACCGCCCUGUAUGAAGCCGUAGCCGCUAUUUUCAUUUCCCAAGUACGAAACGUGCCUUUGUCACUUGGAAACAUCAUUGCAGUCAGUAUCACAGCAACGGCCGCGAGCAUCGGAGCAGCCGGCAUUCCGCAGGCCGGCUUGGUCACCAUGGUGAUGGUGCUGGACACCGUCGGCCUGCCAGCAGAGGAUGUCACCCUCAUCCUGGCCGGAGACUGGCUUUUGGACCGUUUCCGAACGAUGAUCAACGUUCUGGGCGACUCGCUGGGCGCGGGGCUGGUGAACCACUUGAGCAAGCGCGAGCUGGAGAACGUGCCUGUGGCCGUGGAGCUGGAAAAGUGACCCGCUCGCCGCCGUCCUCCCAACAGCCGCCGAAUCUGAUUUAUUCCGCCAAGACAAACUCGAAAAAAGUUAUAUACCCCGAGAGCAGCAGCAGUUUUCUCAUGCAAAUGAGUUGCGAACAGCAAAGUUUGUAAUUUUCCGAAACGCUCUAAAACGCUUUCCUCUUUUUCUCUCUCUCUCUCUCUCGCUCGUCACAAAAAGGGCGAAAAGAGUGCAUCGAGAAUUACGUAUUCAAGAGGCGCUCUUUCUCUUUUCCGUAUAUAAAAAGCAGUUCUUCUACUUAUUCAGUGUCACAUCGGCGGUAGCAAACUUGGCUCUACAUUUUUGCCGGCAAUGCUAAAAUAAAAAGAUUGCACUCGGAAAUGGAAUCGAAUAAAGCAGCAGAAUAUGCGAGUUAAACCGAG